AUGGAGAUUAGGCGUGAUGUGCAAUUCAUAAUGAUCGUAAUCCUCGGAAUAGUGAGCAGCUCGACAUAUGCUGAAUGUCCUAAUGGCUGCUCAGGUAACGGAGCAUGCAUGGCCAAGGACAUGUGCAACUGCUACAAGAAUUAUUUGGGCAACGACUGUUUUGAUCGAGCUUGCCAAUUUGGUUAUGCUCAUGCAGAUACGCCAAAGGGUGACAUUAAUAUGGACCAGGAUCGUAAGACGCCGAAUUGGAUAAUCAAAGACUCGCAACAAUUUCCCGAAGGAACAUAUGAGUACUUCAGUCCGGACGCUGCCACAGACGAAGCCCACUUUUACAUGGAGUGUUCGAACAAAGGCAUAUGCGAUCGAACAUUAGGAACGUGUACAUGUUUUGACGGAUAUGAAGGUGUGGCAUGUCAGCGUGCGUCGUGUCCAAACAAGUGUAGUGGUCAUGGAACAUGUGAGAGUCUUCGUGAGUUGGGGUUAAAGGCUCCAGGCACAUUAUUUGGAAAUCCAUAUAGUGCCUCUCAAAUCACCUACGAUCUCUGGGAUAGUCGAGUGAUUUACGGUUGUCGAUGUGAUCCAUGGUACCAUGGUGCUGAUUGCUCGUUGCGAUCAUGCAAAGCUGGAGUUGAUCCGAUGUUCCUGUCUGUUGGCACUGCAACGUUUGAGACGUUUGUCCUCCACGUUUACACGACAGGUACCUGGACGGCUGAUGCUGCCGGAGCAACACCAUUAAACUUCUUUCGACUUCGACUGUUCGACUAUCAUGGCGAGUCAUACGUUACCGAAGCGAUUCCUAUCUUAAAUGACGUCAGUGAUACUGCAAAAGCAGAUUCCAACGCUGCUGCGGUGGCAAAAGCUAUUAAACGAAUUCCAAAUCAGACUUUUAGACGCGUGCUCUGUGAGCGACUUAGUUUGACAAAUGGCGAUCUGGAUGGCUACAUUCUACCUGCCCGCGAAACGAGUAAAGGUUUGUCGGUUAUCUGUCAAUUAUAUGAUAAUCCUGGCGAACUGCGGAAGCCAGAAGUGGCAGCGUUUGGAUUUAAUGGCAUCACCGAUCCUCUUACAAAAAAGUACCAAGUUAUUACUGUGGAAAAAGGUAUCAGCAACGAGUGGUUUACUGAAGAUACCGGAAUGGUUGUAACAGCCGUAUCUUCUAGUGACUACGUUACUCUCACGUUGGAAUCAGCUCAAACGGGCUCGCCAGAAACCCCAACAUUGUUCAAGCUUGGACCCUAUGUAGUUGCGGGAAAGCUUUCAGCGGCCACAACAAUUACACUUACAUACCCACUCAAGCACACACUGUCGUCAAGAACCAGUCGCUUUAAUGCUGUAAAAGCUGCGAAUGGUAAUGGUGGCAUGGUCGUGACUGAGCUUGUGAGUACUGCAGUCGUCGCUGGAUCCACAAUCAUUACCGUGACGUCAAACCCUAAUUUUGCUGCGGGCGAUCUCGUCUUUUUUGAAAACCAAUUUUACAAUUAUGUGUCCUCUGUCGUCAAUGGAGCAAAUUGGGAUAUCACAUUGGACCGACCAUUCCUCGGUAAUACAUUAGACGGUGGUGAUAACACAGUUUUAUUUGUGUACAAGGUCACUCCACCAGCAAACGCACUCAAGUACAACUACGUGUCCCAAUGCUCAGGCCGUGGUAUCUGCGAUACCGAGACGGGAACUCUAGUAAGACGUGCUCGUUGCACGCUGAUGCGUGCUGAUUUACUAAAGUUCUACUUGUUUGAAGGCAAACUAAAGUGUAACUUUUUGCAAACACUACCAACAGAGCCAAGUCUGUGUCAAUCGUUUGACUAG